UACAUCACUUCCUAAAAGUAAUUGAACGUAGCACAUCUUCCUAAGGCAUCUUACACAUCCACCACAGAAGCAGUAAGCAGGAAAUGUGCAAAAGAAUGAAAGCACUGUCACCUCUGCUUUAGAGAAGUAACAUGAAUAAGUACAACUUUUGGUUGUCCUUCUUUCUGUUUCUGAGUGGAGUAUCUGACUUCCACGAGUCCCUAAGUACAAUGGCAGAUCAUGAACAGUCUGGUGAUGGUAUACUAUCUACUGGGGUCCCUGAAGUAGGAUUUACUGUUUUAUUUUCAACUUCUGCUAAUAAAUCAGAAGAGCAAAAUGCCACAACAACAAUCAAAACUGAGGAUGAUGUAAUGGAAGGUACUCAAACUACAGAAAUGAAUGAGAAUGAACCCAUUUUACAUCCUGCUGUGAUAAUUGGAGUUUCUAUAGUGCUGAUCCUAGUGCUCUUGAUUAUCCUGGUCAUCUUUAUUGUAAGGUGUCGCAAACAGAAACAAAGCCAAGAAGAUGAACUAGGAAGUGAAAAUGUUAAAAGUCCUAUUUUUGAGGAAGAUACGCCUUCUGUAAUGGAAAUUGAGAUGGAAGAACUGGAUAAAUGGAUGAACAGCUUGAAAAAAAAUGCAGAAAGUGAUUAUUUGCCUCCUGUAAAAGAAGAGAAAGAUGGUAACACCAACCCAAGCAGAUGUGAAGUAUCUCCCCUGCCUUUGGACUAUGACAUCCUCUGAAUCAGAAGGGACCUAUCAUGUUUUGAAGCCCUUAAACUGCAGCUUAAGACAAAAGAUUCAACCUCAUACUCAGAAGUCUCCUGGAUGAAGAACCUAAAGGACCCUUCAGCAGAAUCUUCAUAUUCCUUUCCUUUUAAAAGCAUGAGGCUGAAAAAUGAAGUAAGGGCUCAUGAAUAGUUUAGACCAGGGGUGUCCAAACUUGGGAACUUUAAGACUUGUGGACUUCAACUCCCAGAAUUGCCCAGCCAGC